AUGGUGGAGACUCAGAGCGAUGUCGACCUCCAUCAAUUGCUCGUUCCUACACCCACCAACGACGUACCUCCUCCGCAUCAAUCUUCUUCCGCCUCUUCCGGACCCAGCAGCGAUGCUGGCUCCUUUGUGAUUCCCGACAAUUUAUCACGGAGUAACUCGGUCUACUCGUUCUCGAGGGCCUCAUUUAGCAGUCAGCUGGCAGGUCUGACUUCGAUCAAUUUGCCUCAAGCUGAGUCCCUCGCGGCGACAGUCACGACUCUCCCGAGCGCUCGAAAAGCCAUCAAAGCCCUCACUAGCGCUGCAGAGCAAAUACAAUCAUGGAACAAAAAAGCUCUAAAAGUCUUGGAAAAUCUGGAUGCCGACGACGAUGUAGAGUGGGCAGCCGCCGCCGGAAGAUUAGGAUUGGAUGAGACGGAUAAAACAAUCAACAAAUUUGAAAACCUGAUUAACGUCUACGUCCUAUCGAUCGAAGAAUUGCAAGCACGGCCCGACAUAGGAGACGUCAAAGCGGAAGAGCUGCAGGCCGUUGUCGAGCAGAUGGAGGUCACUUUGGAGGGAUGGGACAGCGUCCGCAGAGAUUUGAAAAAAGUUCACGAACAAGUGGAGUUGGCUAUGGAAUGGGAAGAACUAUGGAGCAAGGUACUUGGAGAUGUCGGGGCGGAGAUGGACAGCCUCAGUCAACUGGUAUUUGAAAUGGAAGAGAAAAGACAUGCAGCAUACCAGGCCCCGACACCAAAUGGCCCCAGUCAAAAUAUCGACCUCAACGAAUUGGAAAGCUUUAUCGACGAACCCUCUCAGAAACACACCGCCCCGAGUUCUCGUUUCAGCCUACCUCCCUUCGAAUCCUCGCCGUUAGGAUCCCCUAUAAUCGAAAAUCCUCAAGAUGACUCAAACUUGCUGGCUCUCUUCGCGCGGAUGCAACCGCUGAGAGCGUCCCUUGACUUUCUCCCGAUGCGACUGUCGAUGUUUCAAUCUCGGGCGGAGAAGAUUUUCCCGAUAGCCUGUAAGGAGCUGGAUGAUAAACGAGCCCGUUUGGAAAGAAAUUGGACAGAACUUUCGAAGGAAGCAGAAAACUUGCGACGUGAACUCAGUGAAGACCGAUGGGUGAUCGUCUUCCGUAAUGCUGGGCGACAAGCACAGAAAAUGUGUGAAUCGGUGGAAAGAAGUAUCGUCAAAGUUCAAGAAGCCGUUAAUGAAAACUAUCAAACAAUGAACCCGGCGGCUCUGGCAAAGAGGAUCGAAAGUUUCGAGGCCAAGAAGAUGCAUUAUGGACCUGCGAUCAACCGAGUGCUCGCCAUCAUUCAAAAAGGCCUCAAGGAUCGUUUGACUGUCAACGGAGAAAUCCUCCGUCUUCACAAAGACUUGUCGUCGAGAAUGCGAGAUCUGACCGACACCAUGGAAGACUUGGAAACUCUGCUUGAGCCGUACAGUACUCGACAAAACUCACAGCUCCGCGAAUCCAUAUCUAGCAUUGUGUCGGCGGAUCGGUCGUUCACCAGCACCACAUUUGCAGGAACUCCAGGCAGCUCUCCGCCUUCGUCGGUGGAUCUGCCUCCCCAACGGAUGGAGAAAGUCACGCCCAAAUAUGGUCUUAACGGCUACACCAAACCGCGGACUUCAUCUUCGAGUAGGCCGCCGCCGCCUUCUUCCUCCAACAAACGGGCUUCAUUGCUGCCUCAGGCAAGACGGCCCACAACACCGAUGUCGCACGUUAGUGGCGGCGGAAUUAGACGAACUGCCUCCCCUUUGCCGGGACCUCCCUCUGUGUAUCGUCAGGGCCUAUAUACUCCUCCGGUGGUGCCAGCACCACCUCGACCCAACCCAACGCCUUUCUCAAACAAACCAAGGUGGUCAGCUGUUGUCAAACCAGAUGACGGUACUUUGGCACCGACAUAUCGUUCUUCGUCUCCGACUGCUCCAUUGACUGCGCGAAGAUACACACCACGAUCAAUCUCGUCCAGCACCGCUUUGCCACUAAGGAGCCCCUUGAGUCGGGAGACCUCAGCGUCGCCCUCGUCCAUGUUGCCAACACUUGCCAAACGAGAAGGUCAACAAUUCAAAUCCUUCGCCGAACGUGUCGCUGAUCCAUCGCCAGCGAGGACGAGUAGCUUGUUGGAUCCGGUUCCUUACCAUCGAGGACGAAACUCAAGUGCCCCUGUGGCCGGCACUAUCCGAUCACCCUCUUCACUCGCUGUACACAGCCACAACAAACCGACGAUGAGCGGAGUCACGGUGCCGAGGCCGUCAACGUCACUCAGUAGGAGCUAUGGCCCUUCUCAAGGACUCCCGUUGCGGUCCAUUGCUCAUAAUUCCCGGGUGGAAAACAGAAUUGAAAGCAGCAUAGGAGAAAGCGUGGCUGAUUCGGAGGAGCUGGACAGGGCCAGUGAGAACGAAGACGACCAAAUCACGGAACCGAAUUCGAGUCCGUUGUCGAAGCGAACAAUUACUCGACCAAGCAGUGUUUUAGCAAUGAAUGGCAAAGGAAAGCGGAUGUCAUUACUGCCGGUUCCAGUUGGCAGCGGCAGGCAAAGCUCAUUAGGAUCCAGGAUCUCCUGA